UCACACUGACAAAGUAAAGAAUAGAGAGAAAUUCCAGUAGCUGCUUUUCGAUUAAAUAACGACACUGUUGUGGAUAGUUGUCCAGUAAAACUCGAUUCAAAAAUAUCAAGUUUGCACAUUUAAAUUUGGAAUUUGUGCCUUUAUCGUUUCGAUUGAUUUAAAUAGAGUGUAGUACGUAGAAUUGGCAAGAGGUAACGAUAGCGCUACCAUCGCGAUCGCAAUAACUUCACGUAGUAUAUCGAGGCGCGAAACAAAGUGUGAUGCAGCAUCGAAAAAUAUGUCAUAUUAUAUUGUUUAGUUAGAAAGUUUGUUCGGGAAGAGGAAAGAGCAAGAAGAAAAGCUAGUAAAUCUGUUUCCAGAUUUACUAUACGCGGUUAGUUUACACGUGAUUAGACGUUAUCGAAUAGGUUUGAAUUAGUUCGUUCCGUUAUUAUCGUCAUCAACGAAAUGUCCGAGAAAAUCGAGCAAGUCGUUGACGAAGAAAAUUCUGUCACAAUGUUGGACGUACUACGCGAGGAGAAUCAAUUGGAGGAAGACGCUUGUGCUGUUUUGGGUGCAUCUGACGACAAAAACUGUACCUACAUCAAGGGAUAUACACGCCAAGCUCUUUAUGCUUGCAAAACUUGUUGUCCACCACAAGUUCGAGCCGCUGUAUGUCUCGCUUGUAGUUUCCAUUGUCACGAAGGUCACGAACUCGUCGAGCUUUAUACCAAAAGACAUUUUAGGUGUGAUUGUGGUAAUUCGAAAUUUGGUGGGAAAAAGUGUAAUCUGGAUUUGUCGAAAGAUUCUUUAAAUGUGGAAAACCAAUACAACCAUAACUUCGAUGGACUCUACUGUAUCUGCAAGAGACCGUAUCCAGAUCCGGAAGAUACGAUAAAUGACGAAAUGCUGCAGUGCGUUAUUUGCGAAGACUGGUAUCAUUCUAUGCAUCUCGAAAGCGAAAGAGGUAUGCCAAUGGAUGGAGCUUACGACGAGAUGAUCUGUGCCAAUUGUAUGAGACGAAAUAGUUUUCUGUGGAAUUACGCGAGUAAAUAUGCUGUAUUCUCAGUGGCGGAUGCUUCGACCGAAGAUAGGACAGUUGCCGAAUCAGUGAAUGUCGACGAUCAGCCUAAAGUUUGUACCAUGCCACAAGGUAAAACGUUUUCGAAGGGAAGCUGUUUUUGGUCGGAAGGCUGGAGGAGUGUUCUUUGCAAGUGCGAAGCUUGCAGAGCGCUGUAUCAGGAGAAAAAUGUUACAUUUCUUCUGGAUCCAACGGACAGUGUCCACGCUUACGAGGAAGCAGGUAAAAUCAAUAGUCAGGAAUCUCAGUACGAGAAAGGUAUGAAGGCUCUCGCUUCCUUGGGCCGAAUCGAACAGCUGACAGCCAUCGAAGAGUAUAACAACAUGAAGGAACGACUGAAACAAUACUUGCAGAAAUUCGCCGAGAACAAAAAGGUUGUCCGCGAAGAAGAUAUUAAGGAGUUCUUUUCAGAAAUGGAAUCGAAAAAGAGGCCGAAAGUUGUGAUUCCUACCUAUUGCCGUUGAAGUGAUACGAACGCACAGGAAUUUUCCGCUUUUAACGCAGUCAAUUCUAUUUCCAUUUUCGCAUACGACGCAGGAGAUUUGUCUUUAUUUCUUGCUGGGCCAACGAUCACGGUGCACCUGAUAUCUCAUUAUAUCUUAUUUAAUAUAUAUAUAUAUAUAAAUAAAUAUAUAUAUAUAUAUAUAUACAUAUACAUAUUACACUUAUUUCCGUAGUUUUCAAAAGAUUGUAAAAGAUUUGUCAUAAUAAAAGACGUGAGAAAAAGAAUAUAUAUAUAUAUAUAUAUAUAUUUGUAUGUUUGUAUAUUUCUAUAUAAUAAGAGACAAUGUACAUGCAUAAUCGAUACAUAAUCG